UGGAUCUCGGUGUCCAUUUGCGUCGCCAGUGCGUUGCAGCUUUAACCGGUCCAUCAUGCCUUGCGGUGUCCCAGUUCAGUUCCGAUGCAAUUUACAACAAGCUCUGUGGUCCUCCCUCACUGAUGAUCAGAGCAGAAAGCAAACAGGCAGAGCGGCAGAUGUCGAGAGCCCUAUGUCGGAUGUCCAGUGACCGGACGGACGCAUGUUUACAUUCACACGGGUUAUAAAGGCGGGGAUGUGCGCACAGGUCUGAUGCAGGCGCGGAGCAGCGCGGAUAAACAGAAUCUCCCGCAUGCAGCCCGCAUACCAUGCAGCGGAAAGUACCGGAUUUGAACCCGGAGAGAAAUACUGAGGCUACAGCACGACACGAGAGUUUUAAAUGCUCUUGACACACAGUGAUCUACUGCUGAAAACAGGAUGGACAGUUAAACAUUAUUAGCACCCCCUUGUGGUGUGGAGGAAUGAGGGCCUCUGGAUGAAGGCCAUGGAGCUGAAAGUGUGGGUGGACGGAGUGCAGCGCAUCGUGUGCGGGGUCACGGAGUUCACCACAUGCCAGGAAGUAGUCAUUGCUUUGGCACAAGCCAUUGGACGCACCGGCAGGUAUACUUUAAUCGAGAAAUGGCGUGAGACAGAACGUCACCUGGCUCCACAUGAAAACCCUGUAGUGUCCCUUAACAAGUGGGGUCAGUAUGCCAGCGAUGUCCAGCUCAUCCUCCAACGAACUGGCCCGUCUGUUAGCGAGCGGCCCACUUUUGACGUGCAGGCUCGCGUCCCAGAGCGUGGCUUCUACCGGCAGAGUCUGCCACCACUGGCAAAGCUCCGCCCGUCAGGGACAGACCGCUCGCUUAAACGAAAGGAACCCAAACGCAAGUCUCUGACCUUCACUGGAGGGCCUAAGGGUCUGCGGGAAAUAUUUGGGAAAAGCAGAGAUGCUGAAGCCAAACAGCCCCAGCAGCGGGGUGUGAGUUUGAACCUGAGCAGGGUUGGAGGUGUUGGAGUAACUUCUGUACCUGGAAGUCCAGCCAGAGAGCUGAGCCGGCUGGUGCAGCUGCAGAGAGACAAACUCCAGGCCCUGGAGAGCCGUCUGCUGGGCUGCGAGGCCGAGCUGCAAGACUGGGAUGAGGCCACCGACAUGGCUGAUGAAGGAGAAAACUUGGAGGGGGAGCUGCUACUUUUAGAGCAGCAGGUGAGGAGGAACGAUGCAGAGAUGGAGGAGGAGGAAUUCUGGCAGAACGAGCUACAGAUCGAACACGAGAGUGAGCGUCAUCUGCGGCAACAGCUAGUGGAGCUGCAGGGCCGCGUACGCGACAGCGAGGCCAAGCUUUCAGAGUACCUGGCACACAUACAGAGCAUGGAGGGAGGCCUAGAGCAGGAGCGGCUGCAGCAGGAGGCCGAGCUUAACCAGAGAGUCAAUGAGGAGGAGGUGCAAGACCAGCUGGAGAAAGUGAGGGCCGAGCUUGAAAUGCAGAGCCAACACACAGCGCGGCUAGAGAGCAGCUGCAGGGUGUUGGAACGCUCGCUAGGCCAGUCCAGCAAGAGAUUACAGGAGAAGGAGCAGGAGCUGGAGCAGCUGACAAAAGAGCUACGGCAGGUCAACCUGCAGCAGUUCAUUCAGCAGACUGGUACCAAGGUCACCGUGCUGCCUGCUCAACCUACAGGAGAAAACAACGAUGUGGACUCUGGCUCUCUGAAACGACUUGGCUCUUCUCGGCUCUUACCCAGCAACCUUCGCACUCUUCAAAGCACCGUGUCCUCCAGCCUCAACCCUGAAGGCAUCUACGUUUGACCCCUUAAACUGUGCGGGAGACAUUAUUUUAACAGCAGGGUCGGCACGAUGUUAGUAGGACUGUUCAUAUGACUGGAAGGCCCCAAUAAUUGACUCCCCAAACUGCUGAAAUGCUCUUGAGCAAAGCACUGAAAGAAAGUGUGGAGGAUGUUGGCAAAGCCAUUACAGGGAGGAUGAGUGGGAUAUCACAAAGAACCAGUUCUUGCAUCUGUUUUGCAUCUUUCCUGCUCUGCCUCCUCUUUGAUCAGGACUGGGACUUGCACUGAUGUCAAGAUCCAUUUGCAAACUAACAUUUAAUCUGUUAGUACUCCAGUGGGUGAGCAGUCUACUAAAAUUCUAAUUUUCUCGGACUAAAAACAAACUAACUUCAAGCCAGCAGAUGCAUUUCUGUUGUGUGAGAAGGCUUCAGCCAAACAGUGCAGAUAAACUUUAUUUUUAUGUUGUAAGUCAUGAACUGUAGGAUGCAAAGUUUGGACACAUCGGACAUGUAAACAUAAUCCCUGCACGAGCAUGCACAAACACUGACACCGUACCUGUGCUAUAACCAUAGCCAUAUCUGAUUGCCUUACUCUGGUGUUUUAAAACCAGACGUCAAUAAUGUUCAAACCGAACUCAAGGUAGCUACUGAACUAUGCGCCAUAUAAAUUUGAACAUACAUACAAACAUACUUGGCAUCAAUUCAGGUGAUAGUCUAGGCAACUGAUGUCAGUUUAACUCAGAGUUAGUGGCUCAAUCCUUUUCUUUCACAUAAGUUUGAAAAUUAUUUUAUUGUUUUUAACCUGGAAUACAUUUGCUUCAUAUUUUCUGUUUGACAAAAAUGAAAAAAAAACGUUUGCCUAUCAUAUAACGUAAAUAAUAAAGAGGAGAAAAUAGAUUGUGUAACCUCAUCAACUAUUGGACAAUUUUUGGUGAAAUAGUUUGGCUCUAGGUUCAUUUUUAUGUCCUAUCUGGUGCAGAGCCAUUAAUCUCAUCUUUGUUUCACUCGAUCACUUUCUCCAAAAGCUCUGAAAUGUGGAAGCAGUGAUGAGUGAUGACAGAGGCCUUUGUGCCUGCAGUGUAAAUCCAUCUUGGAAAUACAUCAUGCCCCAUCUGACCACCAGGUGGCGACAUAACAUAUAUUAUUCAGAUGGGUGAAAGUUAACUGUGUUAAAGCUACUUCAGAUCUGAUGUUAUCUGUCUAUAUUCAUUUUCACGGGUCAGACAUGACUGUGCAUAUUGCUUUUGUUACAAAGCCUCAGCACUUCCAGUGUAUAAUCUGAGGUUCCACUUAGAUUGUUUCACUGUGUUCAUCAAGCAGGGACACACAUCUAAAAACAGUAUUACCAUCUGAUUUUCAAUGAUACUAAAGAUGUCUCAUAUGAACCAAAGCUAGUGUUAAAAUCUAUAAUAUUUAGAUGAAUGUACUUUUUUUUAUAUACGUGCAACUUAUGCCCGUGAAGUAUACCAACUUGAGUCAAAUAGUCGUGUUUUCAGUUUUAAAGGUUUGCUGUUGCUAUUCCAAUUCCACAAAAGUCUGGUCGUUUGCAUUUACCUAUUUCUAGUUGAUUUCUCGCUGGGUUUCUGGGAUAAAACUGAUGCAAACUGUGUGAAAAUGUAUGUGCUCAAAUAAGGGUCAGUACGCUUUUGAACGUGAAAUAAUUUCAAAGUCUGUGGUUGUAUGUGAAACCUGUGAAAAAACUCAGAAUUGUGACUUUGGAGAAAAGAAUUGCAGUCGUGAGAAUGUCUAAAAAAUAUGUUUGGAUAAAUUAUAUCAGCACUACAUGAAGACAAAUGCAUUUUGGCCCUGCUUUGGGCUGCAAGAACGGGACUAAAAUUUGUACUUGUAACUUAAAUGUAUGCAUGCAUGUGUAACUUAACACAGUCACACACAGUGUGGGAAUUUGGAGCACAAUUCAAAAUCUAAAUCUGAGUACUUCAUCCACCACUGACAAAGUGUGUGUACACAUUCUCAUUUUGGUCUUUUUCAACAUCUCCAAAUCUUUUUGCUACCCUUUUACAAACUUUAAUUUUGCAUGCCGUUUUUUUUUCCACAGGUUUAAAGAACCACAGGCUUUGAAACCAUUUCACUAGCUCAAUAUCUCAUUGACCCACGUUGGAGCCCAUGAGAAGAAGCUUGUAUUUGUGCUGUGAGCGUAUAAGAUAACAAAGUGAAUUCCUCCCUCCGGUGUGAGGGAUCUUCGUUGUGUGAUCUGCUUUGCAAAUGUAACCGGAGGAAUUUACAUCACAACUUGGCAAACUAUUCUCAGAAGUUGUUCAGUGACAGAAGUUGUUUUUUUCCUCCCUCAGUAUGCAGUAUUAUCGUCAUGGCAACAACUUCAGCUGUGACACAGAGCCUGUAACCCGCUAAUAGAAAAGAAUCAUAGCUCUCGUUGAAUAAAAGUCUUGAAUAAUGGCAUGCCUUACUGGGAAAAAAAAUGUAAAUAGUGUCUACAUAUCACAUCAGUCUACGGACUAUUUUAAAAGUAGUUUGAAGUCUGAAAUAUGCAGAGUGCUAGAGAGGUUAGCUUUUAAUGCUGCUGUUCAAUAGGCAGCUCUGUGUGCAUGCAAUAAUGUGUGAUUGGUUUAUUUGGAUUUCCAAUUAGUGGCUAACAAGGAGGCAACAAUUCAUCUGAGAAUAAGUUUACUUUUGGUUUGUUGUGUCCCUUCUUGCCUUGUUGACAUUUACACUGGUGGAGAUUCGAGCUUUGGUAAAGAGCAGACAGCUCAGUGUGUACUAGCAUAAAAAUGGCAAAAACAUGCACAUUAUAUUCUUGCCUUUUCAUUUACAUUCAUUCUGGCAAAGACAAAAUCUCAUGGAUGUAAAAGAGAUUUGUGUUUCAUUAUAACAAGCCAAUAAGUUUACAGACAUUGCCAAUGAUUGGUUUAUCUUGUGCCAUCAAUGGAGCUUUUCAAUAAAAGAGCAUAUACAAAUAAGAUGGAGCCAUUAUGGAGACUGCCAUCAAGGGGUUUCGAAAGCUAAUGUAGAAACGCUGCAGCUUAGGGAUAUUUCAAGACACAGAAUAACCCAGACAAGAAUGGGCAGAAAGCAAUUAUGGAUGAAUGCUGUUCAUGAUGUCUCAAGCCAUUCGACAAGUUCAAUCAUCAUGUAUUUGCUCUCAUGGGGACUUGAGCAGGUUUUUGACAAUUUUAACAUGUAGCAUUGGCUCCUAGAUACAACACGUCAAAUGUAACUGAAGGAAUGAUUUGGUUGUGAGAGAGAUGUAGCUUUAUUUGAAAAGUAAAGUGUUUCGGUUGGCUCAUGAUUCAUGUUUAGGCUAGAUGAACUGUGCUUGGCUAACGUCACUGACUUGCAUUAACACAACAUUUAGACUAAUUAUUGUAUAGUAAAAAUGUUAUGAUUUGGUAUUGUUUACUCACAAAUUCACAUACUGUAUUUUUUGGCUUUCUGAAUUUAUCACAUUUUCUUUUUGGGGUCUUCAUUUAGCCACCAAUGUUCGAAAGACAUGGAAAUAACAUUCAAGACUAAUGUAAAAUAUAUAAAUAAAUUAAUAAAAUAUAUUUAAAAACAUGCCAGAAAUGAAUAAACUGCUAUACAGUGCUGA